UUGUGCGAGAGUCUGUAUUUACAUACAAAAUACGGGUUAUUUUUUACUCCCGGUGUGCACUUCAGAAGCGAUGGGAUUUCCCAUUCGAGGAUUGCGUAUUUGGAUACAGAGUGCGGUUUUUUCUUGUCUGUGGGCUGUGUCUUUUCAGAAGAUUGUCUAUUCUGUUUCUGAGGAGGUGAAUAAGGGGACUGUUGUGGGAAACAUAACGAAGGAUCUGAACCUUAAUCUCCGUGAACUGGAAUCGCGCAUGUUUCAGAUCGUGUCCGGUUCCACCAAGAAGUAUUUUGAGGUAAAUUUACAGACUGGUGUUUUGAUGGUUAACGAAAGGAUCGACAGGGAGGAGUUGUGUUCUAGCACGUCGAAGUGCUUUCUGAAGAUAGAGGCCGCGGCUCAUAAUCCUGUGAAUUUCUAUCGUGUCGAAAUAAACAUUCUGGACAUAAAUGAUAAUGCACCGUCGUUCACGGAUAAAUGGCAAAUAUUUAAUAUUACUGAGUGGACAUUUCCGGGACAGCGGUUUCCUCUGCCAUUAGCCAAUGAUCUUGAUGUGGGAAUUAACUCAGUAAAAAGCUACAAGCUGAGUCCGAAUGAACACUUUUCGCUGGAUGUACAGAGCGGUGGAGAGCAGAGCGUGUCUGCUGAGUUAGUGCUGCAGAAAGCUUUAGACCGAGAGAAGCAGUCUGUUAUUCAGCUCCUACUGACUGCUGUAGACGGAGGAAAACCUCCCAGAUCUGGGACAUUACAGAUCAUUGUUAAUGUAAUCGACGUGAAUGACAAUACGCCAGCAUUCAACAGCUCUCUUUAUAAGGUACGUGUGUCAGAGAAUGUGCAUUUUGGAACCUCAAUAAUAACGGUUAAUGCAAAAGACACAGAUGAAGGAGUAAACAGUGAAAUUGUGUACUCUUUUGUCAGGCACGGCAAUCUGAAUCCACUGGACAUUUUCUCAAUUGAUCAGCAGACUGGUGAGAUUACUGUUAAGGGCGAUCUUGACUUUGAAGAAAAUUCUGCGUUUGAAUUACGCGUCCAGGCUCAAGAUAAAGGCACGCCUCCUCAAAGCACUCACUGUAAACUUUUAAUUGAAGUUGUUGAUGUGAAUGACAACUCCCCCGAUAUAUCAAUAACAUCUCGAAUAAGUUAUAUUCGAGAAGACGCCAAAAUUGGCACAGUCGUUGCUUCAAUUGAGGUCUCAGAUAAAGACGGAGGGAAGAACGGAAUUGUUCAUUGCCGCAUCGCUGCGUCUGUUCUUUUUAAACUCCAGUCUUCCAAUGAUAACUAUUACUCCUUAGUGGUUGAUGGUUCACUGGACAGAGAGAGUAGUACUCAGUACAAUGUCACCAUCGUAGCUACAGAUGAAGGGACUCCGCCUCUCUCCAGCACCAGUGUCAUAACUGUACAUGUUUCUGAUGUGAACGAUAACGCGCCCCAAUUUUCAGAGCCUGUGAUUACGGUAUACGUGAAAGAAAACAGCCAAGUGGGAUCUGUUAUUGACACAGUAUCUGCAUUUGACCCAGACUUGAAUGACAAUUCCAAAAUUACUUAUUCAUUAGUGGAGAGUUAUAAGUUUAACCCACCAACGGUAAACGUAAACUCUGUCAGUGGUGAGAUAUACAGUCUGCAGUCUUUUAACUACGAGGAAGUUAAAACCUUCCAGUUUCAAGUUCAGGCCACAGACUCUGGUGUUCCUCCACUUAGCAGCAACGUGACUAUGAACGUUUUUAUCCUGGAUGAGAAUGACAACAGCCCUGUGGUUCUCCCACCCUAUUCUGACCAGGGCUCCGUUAAUACUGAGAAUAUUCCCUAUUCUGCUGAAGCGGGCUACUUUGUGGCCAAGAUCAGGGCUGUAGACGCAGACUCUGGUUACAAUGCGCUGCUUUCUUAUCACAUCACCGAACCAAAGGGCAGCAGCCUCUUCCGAAUCGGAAGCAGCACUGGGGAAAUAAGGACUAAGAAGCGAAUGAGUGACAAUGACUUGAAGACUCACCCAUUGGUGAUUUUGAUUUCUGACCAUGGAGAACCUUCCCUCUCAGCGACUGUGUCUAUUGACGUUGUGGUUGUUGAAGAUGGUAGUGAAGUUGGCCUACAGACGUCAUUCAGACAGCUGCCUGCCAAGGAGGAGAGUUUUUCCGAUUUGAAUCUAUAUUUACUGAUCGCCAUUGUGUCGGUGUCAGUUAUAUUUUUGCUGAGUCUCAUUAGUUUAAUAGCUGUAAAAUGCCACAGGACUGAUGGCGGGUUGAACAAGUACAGCGCUCCAGUGAUCACCACACACCCUGACGGGAGUUGGUCUUACUCCAAAUCUACUCAGCAGUAUGACGUGUGUUUUAGUUCAGACACACUGAAGAGUGACGUUGUGGUUUUCCCUACGCCAUUUCCGCCUGCUGAUGCGGAGCUCAUCAGUAUUAACGGAGCAGACACUUUUAAACGUAACCAAACACUGCCUAACAGCGAGAAGAUUGCGUGA